UAGAGCUGCAAAAGGAAACAGGGCUUGUCCUGGGGCUGUUGGAUGCUCUGCUUGGUGUCCUCUGGCAGUGGAACUACUCCUGAUGUUCUUCCCAGAGCCUGCUCUUGCCUGACAGAGAGAAGGUGACUCCUUCAAACAGCAGAAGAAAUAAUUUACGGUGAUCAUCAGACUGCAACUUCAGAUUCUUUCAGUUGCGAGACAAAUCCAACCCAGCCUUGAGCAAAAAUGGAAGCUAUCAAGAAAAAGAUGCAGAUGCUGAAGUUGGACAAGGAGAAUGCCAUUGACAGAGCAGAGCAGGCUGAGACGGAUAAAAAGGCAGCUGAGGACAAAUGCAAGCAGGUAGAGGAUGAGCUGGUAGCUCUGCAAAAGAAGUUGAAAGGAACUGAAGAUGAGCUGGACAAGUACUCGGAGGCUCUCAAAGAUGCCCAGGAGAAACUGGAGCAGGCUGAGAAGAAGGCCACUGAUGCUGAAGGGGAGGUGGCAGCUCUGAACAGACGCAUCCAGCUCGUGGAAGAGGAGUUGGAUCGUGCCCAGGAACGACUGGCCACAGCCCUGCAGAAACUGGAGGAGGCUGAGAAAGCAGCAGAUGAGAGCGAGAGGGGAAUGAAGGUGAUCGAGAACAGAGCAAUGAAAGAUGAAGAGAAAAUGGAGAUUCAGGAAAUGCAGCUGAAGGAGGCCAAGCACAUUGCCGAGGAAGCCGAUCGCAAAUACGAGGAGGUUGCCCGUAAACUGGUUAUUUUGGAGGGUGAACUGGAACGAGCUGAGGAGCGUGCAGAGGUGUCUGAAGUUAAAUGUAGUGACCUCGAAGAGGAGUUAAAGAACGUCACAAACAACCUGAAGUCUUUGGAAGCUCAGUCUGAAAAGUACUCGGAAAAAGAAGAUAAAUACGAAGAAGAAAUCAAGAUUCUCUCUGACAAGCUGAAAGAAGCUGAAACUCGUGCUGAAUUUGCAGAGAGAACCGUUGCCAAACUGGAAAAGUCUAUUGAUGACCUGGAAGAAAAACUUGCCCAAGCCAAAGAGGAGAACCUGGGCUUGCACCAGACACUGGACCAGACGCUAAACGAACUGAACUGUAUAUGAGAGGCAGGGACCUGCCACUGGCCAAGGAACUGCCCCGUCCCUGCAGCGCUCCUCUCUCCUUCUUUCUCUCUGUAUCCUGGGAAAGCCAAUUAAGUUAUGACCAGCACAGCCACGCCGGAGGCUCUGGGUGUCACUCGGGAACCUUUUUCCCCCAGACCUCCCCAGGGAGCCCCCGUGGAGCCCCCCGCGUGCCCCGCCCGUGGCUGCCCCGCACGGUUCAUGACUCCUUUUGUAUAACCUGGUAGAAGCUGUACCCGGGCAGUGGCGGCACCGCCCGGCCCUGCCCUUCCAUAUUAAAAAUUUCUCUCAGAA